AUCAGCCGCCCGGCGCCGGGGACCGACCCGGGGUGCGGCCAGGGCCGGGGGGCGGGGGCGGCCGGGCGCCCGGCCGAGGCGGCAGGUCAGAGCGGGACAAAGGACUCGGCCGACGCCCCCCUCGGCAUCCUGCGGGGACCCGCGGCCGAGGCGAGGGGGCCGCGGAGCGCGGGCCGGGCCCGUGGAUGUGCUUCUGCGCGCGGCCGGGGAGCCGCCGCGAGGGCAGGAAUGCACCGGCCGUGCCGCCGCGGGGCGCACCCGCCGCUCCUGCUGCUGCUGCUGCUGCUGCUGCUGCUGCUGGCGUUCGCGCGCGGGGUCGCUGCCCAAGAAACAGAGUUGUCAGUCACUGCUGACUUCGUGCCUACCUCAUCAUGGAACAUAUCAACGGAACUCGACAAAGAUUCGUACCUGAGCCUGGAUGAGCCCAUGAAUAACAUCACCACGUCCCUGGGCCAGACGGCCGAGCUGCACUGCCGAGUCUCGGGGAACCCCCCUCCGACCAUCCGCUGGUUCAAAAACGACGCGCCCGUGGUCCAGGAGCCCCGGAGGGUGUCCUUCAGGGCCACCAACUACGGCUCCCGGCUGCGGAUCAGAAACCUGGACACCACUGACACAGGCUACUUCCAGUGCGUGGCCACCAACGGCAAGAAGGUGGUGUCCACCACCGGGGUUCUGUUCGUCAAAUUUGGGCCGCCUCCGACAGCAAGUCCAGGAUCCUCAGAUGAGUAUGAAGAAGAUGGAUUUUGCCAGCCUUACCGCGGGAUCGCGUGCGCCAGAUUUAUUGGCAAUCGCACGGUCUACAUGGAGUCUUUGCACAUGCAAGGCGAGAUCGAAAACCAGAUCACAGCCGCCUUCACCAUGAUCGGCACCUCCAGCCACUUAUCCGACAAGUGCUCGCAGUUUGCCAUCCCCUCCCUGUGCCACUACGCCUUCCCCUACUGCGACGAGACCGCUGCCGUCCCCAAGCCCCGGGACCUGUGUCGCGAUGAGUGUGAGAUCCUCGAGAACGUCCUGUGUCAGACCGAGUACAUCUUUGCCAGAUCGAACCCCAUGAUUCUCAUGAGGCUGAAACUGCCCAACUGCGAGGACCUUCCCCUGCCGGAGAGCCCGGAAGCUGCCAACUGCAUCCGGAUCGGAAUCCCCAUGGCGGAUCCCAUCAACAAAAAUCACAAGUGCUAUAACAAUACCGGGGUGGACUACCGCGGGACGGUCAGCGUCACCAAGUCGGGGCGCCAGUGCCAGCCCUGGAACUCGCAGUACCCGCACACACACACCUUCACCGCCCUCCGCUUCCCCGAGCUGAACGGAGGCCACUCCUACUGCCGCAACCCGGGCAACCAGAAGGAGGCGCCCUGGUGCUUCACCCUGGACGAGAACUUCAAGGCCGACCUGUGUGACAUCCCCGCCUGCGAUUCAAAGGAUUCCAAGGAGAAGAACAAGAUGGAAAUCCUGUACAUCCUGGUGCCCAGCGUGGCCAUCCCCCUGGCCAUCGCUUUGCUUUUCUUCUUCAUCUGUGUCUGCCGCAACAACCAGAAAGCAGCGUCCCCGCCUGUCCAGAGACAGCCCAAGCACGUCAGGGGCCAGAACGUGGAGAUGUCCAUGCUGAAUGCCUACAAGCCCAAGAGCAAAGCCAAAGAGCUGCCCCUCUCUGCGGUGCGUUUCAUGGAAGAGCUGGGCGAGUGUGCCUUUGGGAAGAUCUACAAGGGCCACCUCUACCUCCCGGGCAUGGACCACGCUCAGCUGGUGGCGAUUAAGACCCUGAAAGACUGCAACAAUCCGCAGCAGUGGAGCGAGUUUCAGCAGGAGGCGUCCCUGAUGGCCGAGCUGCACCACCCCAACAUCGUCUGCCUGCUGGGCGCCGUCACGCAGGAGCAGCCCGUGUGCAUGCUGUUCGAGUACAUGAACCAGGGCGACCUGCACGAGUUCCUCAUCAUGCGCUCGCCGCACUCCGACGUGGGCUGCAGCAGCGACGAGGACGGGACGGUGAAGUCCAGCCUGGACCACGGGGACUUCCUGCACAUCGCCGUGCAGAUCGCCGCGGGCAUGGAGUACCUGGCCAGCCACUUCUUCGUGCACAAGGACCUGGCGGCGCGCAACAUCCUGAUCGGGGAGCAGCUGCACGUCAAGAUCUCCGACCUGGGCCUCUCCCGGGAGAUCUACUCGGCCGACUACUACCGCGUGCAGACCAAGUCGCUGCUGCCCAUCCGCUGGAUGGCCCCCGAGGCCAUCCUCUACGGCAAAUUCUCCUCCGACUCCGACAUCUGGUCCUUCGGGGUGGUGCUCUGGGAGAUCUUCAGCUUCGGCCUGCAGCCCUACUACGGCUUCAGCAACCAGGAGGUGAUCGAGAUGGUGCGGAAGCGGCAGCUGCUGCCCUGCUCCGAGGACUGCCCGCCGCGCGUGUACGGCCUCAUGACCGAGUGCUGGCACGAGAUCCCGGCCCGCCGGCCCCGCUUCAAGGACAUCCACGUGCGCCUGCGCUCCUGGGAGGGGCUCUCGAGCCACACCAGCUCCACCACGCCGUCGGGGGGCAACGCCACCACGCAGACCACCUCCCUGAGCGCCAGCCCCGUGAGCAACCUCAGCAACCCGCGCUACCCCAACUACAUGUUCCCCGGCCAGCCCCUGGCCCCGCAGGGCCAGAUCGCGGGCUUCCUGGGCGCGCCCAUGGCCCAGAACCAGCGCUUCAUCCCCAUCAACGGGUACCCGAUCCCGCCGGGCUACGCCGCCUUCCCGGCCGCCCACUACCAGCCCGCGGGGCCGCCCCGCGUCAUCCCGCACUGCCCGCCCCCAAAGAGCCGCUCCCCCAGCAGCGCCAGCGGCUCCACCAGCACCGGCCACGUGACCAGCCUGCCCUCGUCCGGCUCCAACCAGGAGGCCAACAUCCCCUUGCUCCCGCACCUGUCGGCGAUGCCCAGCCACCCCGCAGGCGUGGGCAUCGCCGUGUUCGGCAACAAAGCGCAGAAGCCCUACAAAAUGGACUCGAAGCAGCCCUCCCUGCUCGGAGACUCCAAUAUCCACGGACACACCGACUCGAUGAUUUCUGCAGAACUGUAACCCGCCGCCGCUGCUCGGGCCGGCGGGAGGUGGGCUUCCUCCCCCCCCCCCCCCACACACACCCAGAAGCUGCAUGAGGGGUGCAGGGCGGUGGUGCGGGGGAAAGGCAGAGAUGUAGAUGCAAUUUUUUUUUUAACUUUGUUUCAUCCAAGGGAGAUUUCAAGAGGAGCAGACGUGGCGACAGGUACCUUCUGUGAAGUGUAGUUGGGUCUCACCCCCCCAUCCCUCACCCCCCCCACCCCCCAGCGGGGCAGACACCCAGCCAGGUCAAAAGAGAAAAAAGAAAAAAAAAAGCCAGAUCAUGGUAGGAUGGUUCAUUCUGUCCGGAUGCAGGAUGCACACUGUGCCUUGGGAGGGGUCUGAGUGGUUUCCGGUACUGAAGACUGUCCCCCCCUCCCCCCACCGUGAGGAGGAAGAGAGCCUCACCACUGAACAGCAAACCCUCCAAGGAAGCCGGAGUGGUGUUUUUGUGUCCUCACUGCCCGUGGCCAGGACUGGCCUCUCCCCAACGUGUAUAUACCGUGGCAUUUGUCUACCUGCUGACUUCGCUCUCGGACAGAUGUUCAGGAAUUCGGUUGAUUCACUUUAGACUCUAUGCAUGCUUGUUUGGAAGGGAUGCUCAGAAUCCACGAGGACACCUUAGGGCCAACUUUGGAAAUGAGCCAUAGGACCAGUCCAGGUGCCCUGCGGCUGCCUAACCAGCAGGGCUUCUUUGGGAAAGUACCACAUGUGCCUCUUCGUAAAUCUCCUCUGCUGAUCAGGAAAACCUUUCCCCCCGGGUGUUCUACACAUGCCCCUUGCGGGCUAGAGGGAGAUACUUGUGUUGAUGGUGGAUAAAUCAUCUGUUGCCUGAGUUGCCAAAGGGGGCAGGGGCAGGGAAAGAAAGGCGUCUAAAGUUAGGUCAGCGUCUAUAGGAGCGAGACGGCGCUUCCCGUAGGGACAGCCUCGAAGGUGCUUCCCAGGGACCAGUAACCUGGGAGAAGGGAGGGGUCUGCAGAUGGUCACCUAGGGGCUGGCACCCUCCUGUCCCCCCAUCGUGGCCCAGAGGGUGGAAGGGCACUCAUCCUGAGUUGACUCUGCAGAAGUAGAAACUAGGAGAGACACCCAUAGCUAGUUCCUUUAAAGUUCUCUCACGUUAUUAUUUUUUGGGGGGGAGGGGGGAUCUGAAAAUGUGCACAGACUUUAUUCCAGCACCGAGUCACGAUCAUUUUUAUUCAUAGAGUUAGUGGGAAUCCAAAGAGACUGAAUUCUAUUUUGUGAACGAUUUCACUAUUUUAAAAGGAACCCCCCAAAAAGCCAGUCCCGAGUUCUCACUUCAAAGGGGGACUGAGAAGUAAAAAAUUAUUAGGCUGGUAAGUCGAAGCCACAGGAUCAUUUUGGCCUUAGAGGGAGGUAUCAGAAUGUCCAUCGAGUGCCAUUUACCUGCUGGUCCACUGUUGCUAGCUUUAGAAUUCUUUAUGGGUUGCAAGUUCUAUGGAGAAAGGACAUUUAAGUUUGCAUUUCCUGUUGAUUAAAAAAAAACUCCUUUAUUCUAAGAACUUAUCUCAAAGUGUCCUUUUUUAAUUUUAAGCUAAAGAAACAGGAUAGGAAGAAAUUCCUAGAAAUUAUGUUUGAUGAGGAGAACGUAAGCAAACUAGAAGAAAGUUGAUGGUUUAAUGCUUAAAAAUACAUGGGAAAUAAUGAAAUGGGAAAGUGUUGACCUAAACAUAUUGACGUUUUGCCGACGUCACACAGCAGACGUAGGCUUAAAGGUUCUGUGAACACAGAAAGUUGGCAGGACCCCGAUUUUUUUUUUGUAGCUAAAUGAAGACAUAUGUGGGUGACAAAAAUAAGCUGAUGCAGAAGUUCCAUUUCUUAACUUUAGGUAGAGGAGAAUAUUUGUAUCCUUUUGUUGCUAUGCAACUGUUUAAUGAUGAAGAUUCAAACCACAGUUUUGUAUAUCCUACGACAAUCAAUUCUUUUCCAAGAAUAUUUAUUACUUUAAGUAAACAGAACUUCAGUGAGUCUUGAGUUUGUCUAGGAGUUCCCUUAAAGGGAAAGUAGCAUUCCAUGAGCCAGUAAAAUACCUAACUCUGGAAAAAACAUUACUAUGGAUAAAUAAAUUCAAGUUAGUUUUUUAUAAAGAACUAUAACAUUUAUUUUAAACAUUUUAUAAUUACUGAAGUCCUUAAGGUGAGCAAAUCUAAAUUUCAAAACCACUUGUAAUUAUGUAUUUUGUAAUAGCACUGUGAUCCUACAUAACACAGUCCCUUUUGUAUUGAACUAGUAUAUUUUUUUUUCACAAACUGAAAAAUAUCUUUGGCUUUGUUGACAAUGUUUUGUAAGAUGACUUUAUUUUCAGAAUUUUUGUUUGCACAAAACUAUGUUUAUGGUUUGUAUCACAGAAGUGAAAAUAUAGCUCUGCAUUUUUAUAGCUGGUCUGUCUCCUUGUUUUCUUCAUUGUUCUUAACUGUAGAUUUUCUUCAGAUAUAUAAUGGCAAUAGUCAGAUAUCUUGCCCCACCAUCUUAUUUUCACUGCAUGCAUUUAAUCACUGUAUUACUUAAUGUUUGAUUUGUUAUUAUGGGCAUUUCAAAUAGACAAGCAUGGAAUUGUAAUGACAAAAGGCUAUUUUAUAUGGAGGAUAUAUGCAUUUGUAUUUCACACACCAGAGAUGAUAUUAAACACUGAU